UCUCGUCUUUGCAGGAGAUGAGUGCUACAAGGCCACAAAGAGCUAAAAGAAAUGCCAAACAGGAUGCUGCUUAUUAUUGCUCCUUAGGCAAAGAUAAGGAAGGAUUUGAAGCUAAAUAUAUUGAUUCUUUUAAAGGUCGGGGUGUGUUCAGCUGCCGGCCCUUUGAAAAAGGAGAUUUCCUCUUUGAGUACAGAGGGGAAGUCAUUACUAAAAAGGAACAAGAAAACCGAGAGAGAAUUUACCAUAACGCACUCAAAGUUUUUAUGUUUGAUUUUCAGUUCAAUGGACAACAGUUAUGUGUGGAUGCUGCCAGAGAGGAUGGAUCACUAGGGAGACUGGUAAAUGACGACGAAGUGAACCCAAACAGCAAAAUUAAAGUUACAAGAGUGGAUGGAAGACCCCAUCUGUGUUUAUUCGCAAUCAAAGAUAUUGGUUCAGGGGAAGAAAUCACUUAUAACUAUGGUAAUUCGGAUUGGCCAUGGAGAAGCAAGUCAGAUUUGAGCCGUUCGACCUAG